UGGAAAGCCUGAUUUAGUUUUUACCAAAUUUUUGAUUUUUCUUGGGAUUAUGGGUCCAAGUGAAUAAAGUUAUUCUUGGUCCAAGGCAAAAAGUUGUUAAUGCAUUCACAACAACAGUAAUACAGUAAAACCUGAAACACCUUGUAUACGUUAAACCAAUAAUAUUAGACAGAAAAUUAUAAUGCAAUCAAAUAAAUUCAACCACUAAAACAUAUAUUUUACACGUAAUUAACCAACACUUAGGAUUCAUCAAAUCCUUAUUCACAUAAAUAAACAAUCUGACUAAAUAUACUUUGUGGUGAAUAAUAUAUGGGUGGUAACUUAUAUUUUAUACACUUAUGUUUAUAGUUUAAAAAAAAUAAUGAUUUAUUGGCUCUUUAUUAUACGAUAAUAGAUUGAUUUUGGUCUAAAUGGGGCAAAGCUGUAGCUCUGGUACAAGAUCAUCACAAGAUCUAUCAAAGGGUUCUAAUCAUGAACAUAAAAAAUCCUAUCGAGAACCCGAUAAUAAAAACAAAAAAACAGUUGUCGCCUUGUUCGAUUAUCAAGCUGUUGAGCCACAGGAUGUUUCGUUCAGCAGAGGUGAUUGCAUGCUAGUUAUAGAAGAACGUAAUGAUAAUACAUGGAUUCAAGUGAAACAUUUAGGUACAAAGAAGAAAGGUUUUGCCCCAGCUAAUUUCGUAGCUGUUUUAUCGAGUCUUGAAUGUGAAACUUGGUUCUUCAAAAAUACCUCAAGAAAGGACGCAGAAAACCUUUUAAUGAACAAUGAUAACAGAAGUGGGACAUUUUUAAUACGAACAUCAAAGCAAGAUCCGACCGCCUAUGCGUUAUCCAUCAAAGAUGGGGACAAUAAAAAUGGCUACCUCAUCAAACACUACAAAAUUAUCUGCACUGAUAACACAGAAUUCUAUAUUUCUACUAAUAAAAGAUUUGAAUCUCUACAAGACCUUAUAUGUGUAUAUAGCAGGGAUGCUUUCGGCUUAUGCCAAGUAUUAAGAAACCCAUGCCCGAAACCAUAUCCAAGAGUACCGGAUCUCUCUUCAAAAUAUAGAGAUAAAUGGGAAAUUUUAAGGGAGGAAAUAGAGUUGCAUUCCGAGGUGGGAAAAGGUUCUUUUGGACUGGUUUAUUAUGGCAGAUGGAGAGGCGAGCGAGAUGUGGCAGUAAAAAUGUUACAAAUGGGCAAAAUGUCCAAUGAAGAAUUUCUUAAAGAAGCCAGUGUAAUGAAACGCAUUCGACAUAAAAAAUUAGUACAACUUUAUGGAGUUUGUUCUUUAAGCGAACCGCUGUUUAUUGUUCAAGAAUUUAUGACUAAAGGAAGCGUGGAAAGUUACAUACGUCAAGAUCGAGGCAGAACGUUAAAAUUUGACGGAUUAGUUAAUAUAGCGUAUCAGGUGGCAUGUGGAAUGGCACAUUUGGAAUCGUUGAAAUUUAUUCACAGAGACUUAGCGGCUCGUAACGUUUUAUUAGGCGAAAAUUUCGAAGCAAAAAUAUGUGACUUUGGCCUGACAAAAGUCUUAGAACCAGCAAACGAUUACGUCAGUAAAGCAAGAAUUCCCAUAAAAUGGACCGCUCCAGAAGCGUUAAAAGAUAGCAAAUAUUCCACUAAAUCGGAUGUGUGGUCUUAUGGCAUUUUCCUAAUGGAAUUAUUCACCUAUGGGGCAACUCCUUACGAGAAAAUGCAUCCUUUGAUGGUAUACGAGUUGGUCUGCCAUGGAUAUCGUAUGCCAAAGCCGGAUGAUCUGCCCGAUGAAAUUUACGAAGUGAUGGAGACUUGCUGGCACGAAAAUCCAGAAAAGAGGCCCACGUUUAAGUCUUUGGAACAGCUUUUUGAGAAUAUCCAUAUUAGUUACAGGGACGGGGAUUCAUCAGUGGUCUUGAAUCAAGGCAAAGGUUAUGAGGACCAUAAGCCGUUAAACCUUUAUUGAACUCGUUCAUCCAUUUGAGAGAGCUACAGCAGUUGAAAGAUGCCAUGAUUUAUUUGUGUCAAAAAAUCACAGUUUUUGAUAUUUUUCUUAAAGUAGACAGUGUGAAAGUUAAUUUAAAGUGUCAUAAUUUAACACAAAACAUAGGUGGUUAACAUACAAAAUAUGUGAUUAUUUAAAAAAUA